AUGGAUUAUAAAAUAGCAAAAGCGAUUACCCUUUUCAUGCGUGCAGACCUAGGUACACUUUAUAAGCUGCCUUAUGAAAUUGGGCAGGAAAAACUCAUGGAGAUUGCAAGAGAAUUUGGAGCAUUGUUGUUCCUUGCAUUGGUGUUUAGCCCAAUUUUGGUUCUUGGGCUAAAUGAUCCCCAGGAAAAAAACGAUGUGGCUCGCUUUAACACUACUAAAAAUCAUGUGCUUUCAAGUGGAAGCCACAAUGUUGAUGAUGAUAUGAGAGAAGGAAAAACAGACUCGGGUUAUAGAGAUGCUUUAUUCAAACACAACAGUCAUACAAACAAUGGCGGGAGAGGAGGAGGUGGUGGCGGUGGCGGAGGAGGAGGUGGAGGUGGUGGUGGUGGUGGCAAUGGUGGUAAUGGAAGCGGUAGUGGAGGAGGAGGAGGAGGAGGUGGAAAUGGAAGUGGGAGUGGUAGUGGUAGUCAUCAUGGAAAAGAAAAGGGUAAGCCACACAAAAGAAGAGGAGGAAAGGGGAGUGGCAGUGGCAGCGGUGGAGGUGGUGGUGGAGGAGGGGGUGGCGGCGGCGGCGGCGGUGGUGGUGGAGGGAAUGGUAAAGGCUAUGGAUGGGGUCAUGGAGGUGCUGGCGGUGGCAGUGGUGGUGGCGGAGGUGGUGGUGGUGGCGGCGGCGGUGGAGGCAGUAGUGGAAAUGGUGGAGGUGGUGGAGGAGGCGGUCAAGGAGGAGGUUGGGGUUGGGGAGGAGGAGGUGAUGGAGAGGGCAACCAAGGAGGCUGUUGGCCAUGGGGAUGUGGUGGCCACCCAAGAAAAUCAAAAGGGGCAAGAGUUAGUCCUCCCUCCAACUAA